ACAAGGAAGUGACCCACAGUGAACUCAUUACCUGCAAUUGUGCAUGCUUAUCUUUCAGUGCCAUUAACGCCGGUAGACGUUCGUUCGUUCAAUCACCCCUCCCGGUCAAAAUGAAUUGGACAACUGGCGGCAUCAAUGGCAGCCAAUGAGUUAACAAUUCUAACUAUUAUCAUCAACGGCAGUGAAAGAGUUGAUUUAAAAUGGUGUCCAGCUGAUGUCACUGUAGAGGAUCUUCACUCUGAGAAGCACAAUCCCCCCGACGCUAAACAGGAGGAGGAGUCCAAGAUGCCGUACAUCAAACAGGAGGCGGCGCCAGAGACCUUCUGCAUUAAAGAAGAAGAACAGGAAGCUGAAAUCCCCAAGUUUCCAAUUACUGUCAUUGUGAAGAGAGAAGAAGAUGAAGGUCCAAGCGAAGAGAGCGGGGAAGAGAAACAUUCGAGCGACAUGUCGUUUCAACAUCUGACAGCAAAAGAAGAGGGACAAUCACAACCGGAUGGGCUUUUAGCUCCACUCUCGGACAGCGACGACUUAACGUCACACUCUUCUGACUUCAACACCGAUGAGGAGGAUGGUGACUUUGACCAAAAUGCUUUGAAAUCCUUAGACAAGUCAUCUUUGAAAAGAGACACAAAAGAAUGCACGGUUGGGGAAGCUUUUCCUUGCUUACAUUGCGAUAAAAGAUUUUCUUGGAUGACUGAUUUAGAAAAGCAUAAGCGUACACACACUGAAGAGAAGUCUUUUGCCUGCUUCUUUUGUGAGAAAAUAUUUUCUCGGAGGUUUGAGUUGACAAUACACACACGUACACACACUGGAGAAAAGCCUUUUCCCUGCUCAGUUUGCCAAAAAAGAUUCUCUAGGAAAUCAGACCUUCACUAUCACACUAAAACACACUCUGGAGAGAAGCCGUUUGCCUGCUCACUUUGUGAUAAAAGAUAUUUCACCAAGGGAAGUUUAACUAUUCAUACAAGAACACACACAAAAGAGAAGCCUUUCGCCUGCACACUUUGCGAUAGAAGAUUUUCUCAGAAGACUGAUUUAAAAAAGCAUAUGCGUACACACACUGGUGAAAAGCCUUUUGCCUGCACAUCUUGUGGUAAACGAUUCACCGAUAAAGGAAAUUUAAACAGACACACAAGCAGACACACUGGAGAGAAGCCUUUCGCCUGCUCACUUUGCGAUAAAAGAUUUUCUCAGAAGACUCAUUUAGAAAAGCAUAAGCGUACACACACUAAAGAAAAGCUUUUUGUCUGCACAUGUUGUGGUAAAGGAUUCACCGGGAAGGGAAAUUUAAACAUUCACACCAGAACACACACUGGAGAGAAGCCUUUCACCUGCACACUUUGCGAUAAAAGAUUUUCCCAGAAGGUUCAUUUAGAAAAGCAUAAGCAUACACAUACGAGUGAAGAGCUUUUUCCCUGCUCAGUUCUCCAUAAAAGUUUCUCUCAGAAAAUGGAGCUAAACGAUCACACAAGAACACACUCUGGAGAGAAACCUUUUGCCUGCACACUUUGCGAUAAAAGAUUUUCUCUGAAGACUGAUUUAAAAAAGCAUAUGCGUACACACACUGGAGAGAAGCCAUUUGUCUGCACAUGUUGUGGUAAAACAUUCACCGAGAAGGGAAAUUUAAACAAACAUGCAAGAACACACACCGGAGAGAAACCUUUUGCCUGCUCACUUUGUGGUAAAAGAUUCGUUCAGAAGAAAAAUUUAGUGUCGCACGCAAGAAGCCACACUGGGGAAAAACCUUUGAAUCGCAGUGUGUGACAAAAUAUUAUUUCCGCCCCACAUUUACAGCGGGAAAAGGAUUUCAAUUUCCUUAUUUAGUUUCCCUUGAGCCUCUUUUGAAAAAGUAGUUGAAAUGAUUUUGCAGGUGCUGUUAUUUUUCACAACUAUCGAAUAUGUUGAUUCUUUUUGUUGUUGUUCAAUAUGAAUGUAUUGUAUUACAUGUCUUUCUGUUGAGGUUGUUUCAUAACUUACUUCGUGCUAACUGCUUUUUGUAUUUUACAUCUGAAAAUUGGCAUUGACACCCAGCUCUAUAUUUCCUAGAAACCAACCUCCCUUCUGCCUUCCGUUCUCACCCUCUCUUUACAAUGGGGUGGUGUGGCUCAGUGGUAGAGUAGUUGUUCCCCAACCCAGAGGUUGUGGAUUCAAGUCUCCGCCCUGAUGAACUCACCUAAGUAUCCUUGAGCAAGAUACUGAACCCCACAUUGCUCCUGGUGUAAAGCGCUUUGAGAGCCUUGAAAGGUGGAAAAGCGCUAUACAAGUAUAACACCAUUUACCAUUACCCCAAGACGUCAACUCAUGGCUCUUCUCAAACCUCCUCAAAAGCUCAAAAUCAGAUGUCCUUCGAGUAGGCACCCCCUCGCCAUACUCACUGAUUACAAUAACUUCCUAAUUUCCAUAAAUAAUGUAUCCAUUUCUCCCUCAAGUCUGGGUGUCAUCCUCGACAGCACGCUCACCAGCCGCUCCCAUAUGAAAAACAUCACCAGAUCAGCUCCCAUCUUUGCAAUAUUUCUAAUAAUGCUGCAACAAUUAAUUGAUUAACUCGAGUAAUUCGAUUAGAAAAAAGCUUCAAAUCAAACUUUGCUGCUUCGAGUAUUUGUUGAAUUAGAGCGGCGUUGUAAUGAUUUGUUUUUAAAGUGUUUGUAUUUAGUUUUAUUACUUUGAGUGGAUACACUGCCCUCUAGUGGCAACAGUGAAUAUGACAUAACUCAUUUGAAGGGAACCUCGGACUUAAAGACUUGUAGGCUCUAAUGAGCCACAAUUGUUCUGUUUUACUAUAAUGUUAUUUGAAACUCAUAAUUUUGCCAUGGAUUUAAAAAUCAAUAAUAUUUAGUACAUGUUGUGACCUACGGAGGGUGCACGCGCUGGGGGUGAUGACACAGUUGGCCUGGACUGGGAGAAUAGCUGUGCUCGCUAUCAAGCGAAGAUAGUAUGACGACUGGCAUGAUUUUGUCACGUUGUGCUGCUGGUCAGAUAGUUUUGUUACAGAGAUGUUGAAUGUGUUCCCAACAUCAUACCUGCAUCCAAUUCUCAGUCAUCAGCAGUGUCUUUUAACCGAUCCUAGGCGGCUUGCCGAGAUAUUGACUCGCUGCCAUUUGACAGUUUGUAUAUCCCUGAGUUGCUAGUUGCAUCAUUGUCUUGUUUUUUUUCGUUGGUCUGCCUUACCCGGUUUUCCCUGUUUUGUGUAGUUGUUGUUUUUAUAUCCCGACCUACUGUCAAUGACCAUUUUUGGGUCUGCCUUUUCAUGAUCGCUUAUUUUUUUGUGUGUUCAAUAAACACU